AUGCGUUGGACAAACUUAAUUACUGUUGUCUUCCUCGUCGUUUGGUGUAUAACAAUAGUUCAAAGUCGAUAUGAUACUACUCAAGAUUUCCGUGAAAAAAUGUUCAAGAAACGAGAUUUUUACACGAAUAAUCAACAAAAACAAAAACAAAAACAAAAACAACAACUAUGGAACAAUGCAUUAGCAAGUCAAUCAUUAAAUGAGCGAAAAUUUGCUGAUCCAUGGAUGAAAGCAAUUGGCUCAGUAAGAGCAUACAAAGAUGGAAGUAACUCGAACAAGUUUGAAAACACUCGACGUAGCUGGGUGCAACUGCAGUAUCUUCCAUACUUUUUCCAACGAUCGCUCCGUGAUGAGCCAGAGGGAGUCGAUUUUUCACGUCCAAUCGAGAGUGAUACAUGUGGUCGUCAAGAAAAUGCGCCACAGUUCGGUGGACGUAUUGUUGGUGGUCAUGAAGCUGUGCCACAUUCAUGGCCAUGGCAAAUUUUAUAUCAAGAAUCAGUAUCUUGUGGACCUCAGGCGGGAUAUUGCACAAGUAAUUGUGGUGGUUCGUUGAUAAGUGCAGAUUAUGUUUUGACAGCUGCUCACUGCCUCAAUUCCAAUGAUCCAAAGGGAAUAACUAUCACAGCCGGAAUUCAUAAUAAGGACGAUGCUGAUGAAAAGGCAAAUAAAUGGGAACAGCGAAGUGUUUCACAGAUCUUUGUUAAUCCAGGUUGGAAUUCGGACACAAUUGAAAAUGAUAUAGCUAUUCUUCGCCUUAGUGAGCCUGUUAACUUCAAUGAAUAUAUACAACCAGUUUGUUUGCCUGGUCCUGAUCCUAAACCUGAUUCUGAAGUAGUUUUAAUCGGUUGGGGUACGGUAAGUACAGGUGGAGAACUCUCUCCUGUAUUGAAACAAACAGAGGUUCUUGUCAUUGAUAAUUGCAAAGAAUUCUGGUCAGAUAUUAAUGGUGAAAAACAGCUUUGCUUCAGGGAUCCGAAAUUAACAUCAUCCUCGUGCCAAGGUGAUAGCGGUGGUCCUGCACUUCAACUACACGAUGGACAAUGGGUAAUCGAAGGUGUGACUAGUUUUGGUCACAGACAGUGUGAAGUACUAGAUCACAAAAUCCCGGUUGUUUAUACUCGAGUAUCAGCUUAUUUACCUUGGAUCAAUGGUAUCAUCAGCAGUUAA